AUGGAGAACCAGGCUACCGAGUCAGACGAGAAUAACAUCGAUUUGCUCCAGCUUUUCAGAACGUCAGAAAUCAUAUCUACGGCGUAUGGUGGCCAAUACGUCAGGGCUGCUGUCAUUGAUGCUGUGGUGCCGCUGCGUUUCUGCUCUGACAGACUUAGCUACUCGUGCAGACUUUCCGACUUGCGUAGUCACUUUGAGUCUCGGUAUGGCGGCGAGACCUACAAGCUCGAAUGCAAGCUUCCUGACACUCUCGCCUCCGCGAUGGACAACACGAAUAAGUGCAAAAAUUGCAAAAAUUCCAUUACCGAGGGGCAUGCGUACGAGCUGGGAGGCGAGAGAUGGCAUGUGGAAUGCUUCAAAUGCUCAAAAUGCGGAAAAGAACUGGGAGUGAACUCUAACUUUCUGAUGCUUGGAACGGGCUCAUUGGUCUGCUCGGAAUGCUCGUAUUCUUGUAAGUCGUGCGGCAAAAAGAUCUACGACAUGGCAAUACUCACAGGGGAUCAGGCCUAUUGCGCCAGCUGCUUCAAAUGCAAGGCCUGUAAGCGGCCGAUUGAGGAUUUACGAUACGCGAGAACUUCCAAGGGUCUGUUUUGUAUGCCAUGUCACCACAAGCUGGUCGAGCGGAAGCGGAAGUAUGAGGCCGUGAAAUCACGCAACUUUGUCUCUUCCCAGGAGACACAGUCAUCUGCAGACACGACUACCCCUUCCGACGAGAAAAGAUACAUGUUUGACGAGCUCGACGGCAGCAAGCCGCUGUCUGCUACAGAAAAGGUCCAGGUGACGUCGCCGCCCAAGGUGACGAAAAGCCCGGUGCUACAAAAAGUUGAAGGGUCGCCAAUUCCUGGCCGUAGCGACAAACAAGAAGAGCUAUUGACGAUACCCUUGCGCUCGCCAAACCGGAACGCCACUUCCCCAAAUCUGCAGCCGGUGACCGCCUUCAAAUCGCCGAAAGUGGAAGAUCUCGCGGAGAUCAAUAUGGCUACACCAACUCCCCUGAAAGCAGACCGUUCUCCUAUCUCGCUAAACGGUGUUGUUUCCCCAGGAAACAGAAAUGCGGUCAUCUUCGAUAAGGAACCCGACUCGUUUAUUGAUCUGAGCGACGAGGAUGAAGACGACUCCUACGAGCUAGACGUGGACCUGAAACAGGCUCCGAAUCCGACGCGCUCCCCAAGCAAGAAACCCCCAAGCGGAACUAUUCCUCAAACGCCCGACACACAGCUCGUUUCUCCGUUCAAGGGCCUGAACAUCACAGGAUUACCGCUGGAAGAUGGCGAGCAGAGAGAACAGUAUCCAUCUACAGAGAUCAUCAAGGACAAGGAGAACACGGGGUAUCAUUCCCGGAAGUCUUCUGGUGGCUUUGGCCGGUCGUUAUCGAUCAAAAACGUAUUCCAUCGACACAAGAAGAGCAAUAGUGGCACAGGACUAGACAAGAACAAGAUCCAAAUCUUGCGCGACGCAGGGUCUCCUCUCCUCGACCAGGACGAGCUUCUCAAAACGCCAGAUUUUGGCUCUCCACUGAUUAGCCACAAACACACCCACUCAGAUCUCACAGUAAACCCAUUCUCGCUACAUGCCAGAUCUCGCUCAGAUGUAGUUUACGAGGAAAACCAACCGGAGUGGCAGAUUUUGCAAUUGGACCAACAGGUUAAACAACUAAAGGCCGAAAUAACUUCUCUCACAAGUGCAAAGGCGACGUUAAUGCGGGACAUUCAGUCGCUAACAUCGGAGAAGAAUCACCUGGAGGAUGAUAUAACGCUGCUGAAGGAACAGAGAGAGAAAUUAGAGAGUGGGGCCGUGCCAGAGGUGAAGGAAGUCGAGUCGACAGAGUCACCAUCAUUCACCCAAUCAGACGACACCUUGCCUGAGCUGUCGUCGCGGAUUGCACAGCAUUCAAGGAAAAUGAACUCCGUCGAGGACCUUAGCGAGAAGCCAAAAAAGGGAGGGUUCAUUAGACGCAUCUUCGGCAACGGAGGCCAGACGUCUCAAUACGGCACUAACAUGGUUUCUUCCCCUUCUGUCCAGAGCAUCGGCUCUCCAAAGAAUUUCAGACAGAUGGACGAAUCGUUUAACACCUCGCAAGAGGAGAUUGAGGAACCCAGACCAGCAGGCGGUCUUUCGGCGAUGAUCAAAUCAAGAUCCUCAAACUUUUUGCGUGGCAGUGCCUACCCGCUAGGAAAAUCCCUAUACCAAUGCACACUGCAAGAACGGGCGGAACUGGAGACUAGAGCGGUCCCAUUUGUCUUCUCCUGCUGUCUGGCAGAAAUCGAAAGCCGGGGAAUCAGAGAGGGUAUCUACAGAGUCAGCGGAUCGUCUUUGGCCAUCGAUAAGAUCGAGAGGUUCUUCGAAACCGUGGAAAUAUCAAACGAGAAAGAGGUCAAUAAAGUGUCCUCGAUUUUGGAGGGCGACAUCAAUGCCGUCGCAGGCAUGCUGAAGCGGUACCUCAAGAAGAUUCCUGAUCCUGUGAUUCCAUUCAAAAACUACGAACAGUUCAUUGAGGUGUCGAAGCUCCAAAGCGAAGCCGACAAAUAUACAGGACUAAAAGGAUUGCUACAUGAUCUGCCACAGGCCAAUUUCAUCGUGCUGCAGCAACUGUGCAAACACAUGGGACUCGUGGUUCGUAACUCUAGAGUCACCAAGAUGACGUACAGCUCGUUGGCAACAGUGUUUGCUCCAACACUGGCACGCGACAACACAUUCAAUCCACAGCGCGAGAUCCUCGACAACGGAGCCAAGACGGCCGUUACCGAAUUCCUGUUCCGCAACCACGAGGACCUGUUUACCCGGACUAUCGCCUAG